AUGUUAUCCUCAUUCAAAAGUGCUACCAAUCUCACUUUGAAAUCCAAUUUAAAUCAAACAUUUAUUAGAGCAAUGACUACUUAUAGAUCGGAAUUCGAUACUUUUGGUGAGAUCAAGGUUGACGAUAGCAAGUACUGGGGUGCUCAAACUCAACGCUCAUUGGAGAACUUUGAUAUUGGUGGACCAUCCGCAAAGAUGCCAAUCCCAGUUAUCAGAGCUUUCGGUAUCCUCAAAAAGUCUGCUGCCAUCGUCAACAAGCAAUUCGGACUUGAUUCAACCAUCGCUGACAACAUCGUCAAGGCUGCCGAUGAAGUCAUCUCUGGUAAACUAGAUGAUCAAUUUCCAUUGGUCGUUUACCAAACCGGUUCCGGUACUCAAACCAACAUGAAUGUCAAUGAGGUUAUUUCAAAUAGAGCAAUCGAAUUGAUGACUCACCAAAGAGAUUUCUCAACUCAAAAGAAGGCCGUUCAUCCAAAUGAUCAUGUCAACAAAUCACAAUCCUCAAAUGAUACUUUCCCAACUGCUAUGCAUAUUGCCGCUGCUAUGGAGAUCAAUCAACGUUUGUUGCCAGGUUUGAAGAUGUUGUUGGCAGAGAUGAGAAAGAAGGAAGAGAGUUUCAGACACAUCAUCAAGAUCGGUAGAACUCAUUUGCAAGACGCCACCCCAUUGACUCUUGCCCAGGAGUUCUCUGGAUAUUGCACUCAAAUCGAGUACGGUAUUGCCCGUAUCGAAUCGACAUUGCCACGUCUCUACCAAUUGGCUCAGGGUGGUACUGCUGUCGGAACCGGUUUGAACACCCCAGUUGGAUUCGAUGUCGCCAUCGCCGAGGAAGUCUCGCGUCUCACCAACAUUCCAUUCAAGACCGCACCAAACAAGUUUGAAGCUUUGGCUGCUCAUGACGCCAUCGUCGAGGUCAGUGGUGCCUGCAACACCGUCGCCGUCUCGCUCAUGAAGAUCGCCAACGAUAUCCGUUUGCUCGGAUCCGGUCCACGUUGUGGAUUGGGUGAGUUGCUACUCCCAGAGAACGAGCCAGGUAGCUCCAUCAUGCCAGGUAAGGUUAACCCAACUCAAUGCGAAGCAUUGACCAUGGUCUGCGCACAAGUCAUGGGUAACAACACCACCAUCUCAAUCGCUGGAUCCAACGGACAUUUCGAGUUGAACGUCUUCAAGCCAGUGAUGAUCUCCAACCUUUUGCAAUCGAUCCGUCUUUUGGGAGACGGUGCCGUUUCAUUCACCAAGAAUUGCGUCGUCGGAAUCCAAGCUGACGAGAAGCGUAUCUCACAAUUGAUGAACGAAUCACUCAUGUUGGUCACCGCACUCAACCCAUACAUCGGUUACGACAAGGCUGCCAAGGCCGCCAAGAAGGCACACGCCGAAAAGACCACCCUCAAAGAGGCAUGUCUCACUCUUGGUUACGUAUCAAGCGAGCAAUUCGACCAAUGGGUACGUCCAGAGGAUAUGAUUGGUCCAAUUAAGAAGAAGAACUAA